AAGCAGCAUAGACAUUGAUUACAGUUCCUGUAAUUUGAAUAACUGCUUGUUUGGAUGGUCGCGAGAGAGAGAGAGCUGACCCAACUGAGAGACGUCGAGUAUGAACCUCUGGCUAAGACGUAAGUCAGAUUGUGUCGUGGUGGAACCACUCGGUUGUGACCUCGACUCCGAAAUGACGUAUCGUCACCUUUCAUGCAUCGGGCAUGGUUGGACCUGCGGGUAUAUUCGAGAUUGUGCAGUAACCGGAGACAUCACUAUAAAAUAAUGUUUCCGAAGAGAUCUGUAGCUGGUGUCAAUCCCGUGGAUACAUGCAAGUCCCACCAACCAAAUCGAGACGUAAACGUCACACAGUCUGAGACUCUUCAUCUUCAUAUCAACGAUCUCAAGGUACGAAGGGUGGAUCCAGCUCCUUCGAAGAGCUGUAGACUGCACGGCCUUACAAAAUUCAUAUAAUCUGAUUCUGGGUAGGCCUGGCCUCGGAGCAGAGAGAGAGCUGAUGUCAGCCCCAUCUACUUCCGCUUUAAGCUCCUCCUGGCUUUUGAUGGUGAAUGUGAUUGUUUUUAGCACGUGAACCAAUGGCAACAGCAUCUUCUCUUUCUCCAUGAUUAAAAUCUAUGAUGUCUCGUGAAAUCGCUCGGUCAAUGAAAGUUUAGAUCCUCUGAAGAAUCUUGAGGACAGCGCUUUUGUAAGCGUGCAUACAUUUGUGGAGGGAGAAAGAGUCUGUUUUGGUUCACAUCCUCUGAAGCGAGAGCAGAGCAGACCUCUGCACCAAUUCUCCUCAUCAUCGAAGACUCAAAAAUCUAGAGCCCAGGAAAACGUUCCCAUGGCAUCCCAUGAAGUAUGACGAAGAGGUUUCGUUCGACAAGUACUUCAUUUUUCAACGAAGAUUAGGAACAAUCUCCAGUAUGUCCCUCGUCUCCCCGCGGCUAUACCGUCGAUGUCAAUCAUGAGUUGCGCAGUACCCUUAUUUGAAUCCUCCUUUCCAUUACGAUGGGAGAGAUUGAAUGGCAGAGAAUUCUUCUGAUUGAGAGCUGAAGCAGUACAUGAUCACUUAACUCGGAUUCCAAAUUGCUUCUACGAGCCAUCCAUGACUGGACUUCAGCUCCAGAUGCUUUUACCUAGCCUUGAUAAUACUCUCCGGUGUGUAGCUUCAUUUCAAAUUUCAGAUUAUACAUCUAUUAGAAAUAACUUUCCAAUUUUCUGGCUGGAACUGCACUAGAUGUACCAGCUAACGAGCAAUCACGCUCCUCCUCUUUGCUUUCCUAUCUGGAGCGUUUGGUCAAGAACUUUGUGCUACUACGUACACUGCCACUAAUAUCUCUUUCGACACUUUGCCUGCAAUCGCGAGGAACGAGUAAUCCAUGGCUCCGUACUGUACUUCAAGUGGAAACGCCCCCGCGUGUUGAAGCCUGUUGGAAUGAUUUAUGUCUGACACACACAGUUUCACGGUGUAAACAUCGAUCGUUGCUGAAAUAUUGUCUAUGAGCAAUCAAUUCCGUGCAUCUGUUCACGGGAGUAGAAAAGCCAUGUGCAACAUAUUUGUAUGACAAUUGUAUCUCUGACUGCCAGCCCAAUCUGUUCCCAACCCCUUCAGGUUUGGAGUCUGAUGUCUGUCUGAAGACGUCCUUUUGGAACUAAUCCACCCACGUGAAACAAGGCUCAAGUGACGGCGACGGCUGAAUGCACAGUAUACUGACAGCAGUACAGAUCAAGACAGUGGAGAAUCACUUAUUUGAGUGACUUCCAGAGGUCAAUGUCGAGCCAGCAACUGUCGGUGAUGCUAUAGUUAGAUUAUAGUUUACCUCCUCCAACUACGAAUUGGCCCAAUUCUUGAAAUGGUAGCUCGGAAGAGAAGGAUCGCAUCAUCAUCAUCACCACCAACUCAGAAUGCCUCAGUAUCCGACAGGUCCGCCAAUCUGUGGGACGGAUGAGGACCCGACUUGUAAAGUGCGCAUCACCAGUGCCACCGAUGGCCCAUUGCUCGUCGUCUACGGGUACUGGGGCCUAAACAUCCUUUCGUUCACAAUAUUCUCCAUCUACAAAAUCAGGCGACUCAAACGCCGUCCGGUGGAGCCGUUCGUCGUCACCCAAAUCCACUCCGAGGCUGCUGCAUCCGGAAGAGGAAGAAAGGAACAAAUAUGGCGAGGGGAGAAGAGCGAAGAGGUCCGGCUGCCCUUAGAGGAACAGAGGAACCUCGUGUUCACAGGAUACAAGCAAACCAUGUUCGGGACCUACUGCUGGAGUCUGGCAAUCUUGACGUCUGUGCACUGGAUGGCCUUGUGGAUGGUCCUGCUCCUCGAUACUUACAACAAGUGCCAAGUUCGGGGCGUCGACAACUUGUGCUUCUACGGCAAUUACUUCAUUUUCGGCACGUACAACUUCAAUGGCGUGGUUUACUUCACACUCUGGUGGUUGAUGGGCAUUUGGUACAUGGCGUGGAUUAUUAACCGCGACCAAGUUCAAAACUGGUUUCGAAUCCCAUGCAGCUUGUCCGAGGCCAGUGUGGUGUAUGUCUGGGCGCCGCAUCAACGAGAGAUCCUCUGCCCUGAUGUUUCGUUACUCGUUCGCCAAGCACGCAAACUCAAGAAUUUGGUGGUCUCCCAAGAACGUCAAGGUCUCUCGGACACUCUGAAAAUCUUGCAAACAGAAAACGGCACUCGCUUUGUACUCUUUCAAGGGCACCGCUUUUCGUUCGAUGGCGAUUCUCUCCACCAAUCACACUUCCAAGUCGGCAGUACUUACGCAGCGUUUCUUGAGGCUUCUGGUGGAUUGUCCACGAUGAUAGCCAAAUCGAGGUUGGAGGAACUGGGUCCAAACGAGAUACCAUUCCAUGCUGAGCCCUUUUGGUUCACAAUCUACGACGAACUUUUCACUCUGUUUCACGUUUAUCAAACCAUCAUGUACUUCAAUUACCUGUAUCUAGCAUACCUCUUCAUGGCGCUGCUGUUAAUAGCCGUCGUCGUGCUCAGUGCUUGCGUCACAAUCUACACGCGCCGAAAAUCUCAGCUGGAAAUCGCUAAGAUAAGUGAGUACAGAACCGAUGCAGAUGUUCUGCGAAGCGGAAGAUGGAUCACCAUAGAAUCUCAGAAGAUGGUUCCUGGAGAUGUCGUCAAACUGAGGAGCAAUUGGGUAUUACCUUGUGACGCUGUUCUUAUUAAAGGUUUUUGCGUUUGCGACGAGAGUAGUUUAACAGGCGAGUCUAUGCCAGUACAGAAAUACGCAGCAAUUAUUUCUCAGGAUGGCUAUGAACCCCAAGGUCGUGGAUAUCGACAUACUCUCUUUUCUGGAGCAACAGUCUUGCAAGCUGGAACGUGUCCCUCCGAUGAGAUUAUUGGUGUAGUCAGUGCCACCGGUAUGGGCACAUCCAAAGGAGCACUUUUGUCUACCAUAUUGUAUCCUGAGCGCAUGAUCUUCAAAUACGAUGAGGAGCUUCCAAUAGUAUUUUUAUGUCUUCUGUGCUAUUCAGUGGUGUGCUUCGUGAUCUCCCUCCUUUUCCAGAACCAUAAUGGUCAACAGAGCAUAUGGGUCACGAAGUUUGCAUACUGCUCUGCACUCUUCAGUCAGACAGUCUCUCCAUUGCUGCCUGUUGCUCUUGAGGUGGGCCAGCUUCAUUCAGUCGAACGGCUCAAGAAAUUGGGAGUGCAUUGUCUCAAUCCUAAGCGCAUAGCAAUUGCUGGAAAAAUACGUCUCUUCUGCUUUGAUAAAACAGGAACCCUUACCAAAAAUGGACUGGACUUUAUUGGAGUGCACAGCAGUACGAGAGUUGAUGACCGUGCAAGUUUUGAAAACCAGCUAUUUGUUCUUAAAAACUCUAGAGAUAUAAACUUGUUGACAAUGCGUGGUCUGGCUACUUGCCAUGCUGUUUCUCGCUUUGGCGAUCAAUUUGUGGGCAAUGAAGUCGAGGUUAAAAUGUUCUCAGCUUCUGGAUGGGAUCUGAUCGAGUCUGUUCAUGAGUAUCCAGUAGUGCGCAAAGGGAAGGAAAAACUUACAAUACUCAAGAGACACGAAUUUGAUCAUAGUCGAGCCACCAUGAGUGUCAUCGUAGAAGAUUCUUGGGGAGUGAUCCAUAUUUACUGUAAGGGUUCGUUUGAGAAGAUAGGAGACAUAAGUGAACCAGCUAGCCUACCAGAAGAUUACCUACGAAUCUCGCGAGACCAUGCUCUACAUGGCUGCUACAUAUUGGGCUUGAGUUACAGAAAUCUCGGGAAACCACCAAGUCGAGAGGAGAUCCUAUCUUUGUCACGCGACCAGGUGGAAGAUGGCCUUUCCUUUGUUGCGCUGCUCUUGUUUCGUAACGAGUUGAAAAGCGAUACUCGUGUUGCUAUCGAAAAUCUGAAAGACGGCCAGGUACGUCCCGUGAUGGUCACUGGAGAUAACGCUCAGACAGGUCACUAUAUUGCACGAAAAUGUGGAAUGGUUGAACAACAUGUGCCGAUCCUCCUGGGUGAUAUUGAGCAACCAAGUGGCAGAGUUACAUGGUCAAGAAUGGGUGAAGUACAAGAUUCUCUUGAGCCGCAUUUGAGCACGGAAGAUUUGCUCAGAGAACAAAAUAAGGGGUUUAAAAAUGGUCUUCUAGAGCUGGCAGUCACAGGGAAAGCUUUCAACUCCCUUUGCCAGACAGAGAUGAUGACCAAACUUCUCUUCUACACACGUAUACAUGCUCGCUUUACCCCUGAAGAUAAGGUGAGACUGGUAACUAUGCAUCGAGACCAAGGAAUAGUGGUGGGAAUGUGUGGAGACGGCGGCAAUGACUGUGGAGCCCUUCGAGCUGCACAUGCUGGUCUUGCUUUGAGUAGUGCGGAAGCAUCUGUUGUUUCGCCCUUCACUUCUGUAACCCAGUCGGUUUCUUCUGUGGUAGACCUAGUGCGAGAAGGUCGAGGAUGUUUACAUACCUCAUUGGCUUGCUACAAGUUCCUCAUCAUAUAUGGCUUGACGUUCUCGAUCUUGAAACUUGCAUGUAACUGGUAUGGUGUUAUUGCUUGCGAGAUGGAUUACAUAAUUAUUGACUCUGUGGCGGUGCUCGUUCUCGGCUACACAAUGACUCUUAGUCAGCCAGCGAAGAGAUUGAGCAAGGAAAGGCCUACUUCGUCUCUUCUGAGCCCUCAAACUGUGGCAUCGACAUUGGGUAUAUGGAUCAUGAAUAUCAUCUUCCUGAUUAUUGCUAUCGUCUACAUGAAAAACCUACAUGGCUAUGUUCCGUGGCCAGCAAAGUACUCUUUGGGCAAUUCGUGGUGGACGCUAGGAGACAACUGGGAGGUUACUGUUAUCUUCUAUACUGUGUACUCGCAAUUCGUCACAACAUCAUUCGCCUUCACAUUCGGUUCUUCUUUCAGACGGAGCGUCUUCCUCAACCAAGGUUUCUUUAUAUCCUGGGUAGUGAUCAUGUUCAUGGUAUCAUGCGUACUUCUACUCUCAGAAAAUGCCUUCACGCGCUCCUUCCACAUGGCCAGCGAGCAGUUCAAUAGGCCUAAUCCAGAAAACCCUGUGUGGAGGGCAUACCAGGACGCUGGAGGUCUUCCCAGUCCACCCAUGGUUUUCACUCAACGGCUGCGCCUGUGGCUUAUAAUUUUUUCGAACAUGGUUGGCAUAAUACUGUGGUCCGCUGGAGCCAUAGAUGGCCCAGUUGCAAAACUCUUAGCGCGUAGGUUUCCAUCUAAGAGUCUCGAAUUUCUAACGUAAAGUAAACAUCUCUUUAAAGGGAGGAGUCUACAAACAACGAAAUCGAAUUAAGUGGGAUAACCAAAGCUUCAAGUGUACGAGGUACUCUAUGCCCGUGCUCCCGUAAUGAAGAAAAAUCUCAGUUUAGUUCGGUCUCCAUUAAAAGUUUUAAGUUCCUCAUUUUCUUUUCUUCAUUUCAACAUGUAGAAAAGUGAUUCUUUAUACUAUGUAGGUAGACCAACAACAUGUUGCCAUCUCAUCUUUUUUGUAAUUUACAAUAACUUUAGUGUUGUUGAUAGACUUAAAUAUGUAAAACAAUGUUUCAAGAUUUUAACAACGUGAAUGGC